AUGGUGUCCAUGUUUUACCAAGUUCGCGUUGAGCCAAGCGACUGUAGUGCAUUGCGGUUCUUAUGGUGGCCGAAUGGAAAGUUCAAUGAACCAGUCGAAGGGUACGAAAUGCAAGUGCAUCUCUUCGGUGGAAUAUCAUCACCAAGUUGUUCAAAUUUUGCUCUGAAACGAACAGCAGAAGACAACAAGACAGAGUUCGAGCAAACCAUUGCUACCGUCAGUUUCUACGUGGACGACUGCCUCAAAUCAGUGAAAUCCGAUGAGGAAACAGUAAGAAGGGCAAGCCAACUAAGAGAAUUGUUGUCGAGAGGCGGUUUCAAGCUAACCAAGUGGAAUUCGACGUCUCAAGUGCUUCUCAAGUCCCUACCAGAGUCAGAAAGACCUGAGAAAAUCAAGGAUCUCAACUUCGACAAGUUGUCUAUUGAAAGAGUUCUGGGAGUCCAGUGGAGCGUCUCAAGCGACCAAUUUGGGUUCAGCAUUAACGUCAAGGAGCGUCCCCUGACUAGAAGAGGAGUAUUGUCGGUAGUAAGUUGGGUGUUUGAUCUGUUGGGAUUCGCCACUCCAUUCAUUCUUCAAGCAAAACAAAUCCUGCAAGAAUUAUGCCGAAUGAAGCUCGACUGGGACGAAACGAUUCCCGUGAAGCUUCAAGAUCGCUGGUGGUCAUGGCUACCAGAUCUAGAUCUACCAAACUUGGAACAUUUAGGAAACGAUCGUUGCCUCAAAUCUUAUAAUGAAGAAGUUGUGUCAACCCAGCUGCAUCGUUUUGCUGACGCGUCUCAAGAUUGUUACGGAGCGGUCGCCGGCGGGUCGCGGGUCGCGUACCUGAGGAUCAAGAACAACCAAGGUGAAGUGAAGUGUUCGUUUUUCAUGGGAAAUUCUCGCCUCGCGCCGAUCAAGUCAGUUACUACUCUUCGUGUGGAACUUUCUGCAGCAGUCACGGCAGUUAAACAAAAUGUAUCAAGCGGAAUUGAGCCUACCAAUCGAUGA